AUGGCGCGAAAUCAAAUCAUUAUCAAGCCGACCAAAAAGUCAUCAGCCAAAGUCACGAAAACCAGAAAAAAGUACGAUACAGCAGCCAGCAAGAGACAGUUGAGAAGCUUCGCGAUCGACAUCUAUAAAGUUCUGAAGCAAGUCCAUCCGAAAGGAAGUAUCUCAAGUCAAGCAAUAGGUGUGAUGAACUCCUUCGUGGAUGAUCUCUUCGAAAGGGUGGCUGUGGAAGCUGCUCAUCUGGCACGAUACAGGAAGAAGACUGAAAUCACCGACGAAGAUAUUCAGUUAGCAAUCAGAUUGCUGUUGCCCCCAGGGCUUGCAAAAAAUGUAACUUUUGAAGCCUCUAGAGCUGUCACGAGUUACAGGAAGCUUGAAUAA